GGCGGUGUCGUCACCCGGAGAGCGCCCUGGAUGGGGUGGGUGGUUUCUGCCGCCUCUACCACCACCUCUGCUGCCUGAGAACCUGCCGUCGCCGCCGCCGCUGCCGUCCCCGCUGCCACCGCUUCCUCCUCCCCCGCCGCCGCCUCCUCCUCCUGCCCCUCGGCCACCUCUACACCACCCAGGCCCUCUGUCCUUGAGAGGAAUCCGUAUUCAGUCUCCUUCGCGGGCACGGGGCGCAGCUAUGGCGGACGGCGGGGGCGGAGGGGGCGCCGGCGCGGUGGGCGGCGGCGGCGCCGGCCAGGCCUCGGCGGGGGCGACGACAGGCGCGACGGGGGCCGGUGGGAGCGGCGGCCCCAUUAACCCGGCCUCACUGCCUCCCGGCGACCCGCAGCUCAUCGCGCUCAUCGUGGAGCAGCUCAAGAGCCGGGGCCUGUUUGACAGCUUCCGCCGGGACUGCCUGGCCGACGUGGACACCAAGCCAGCUUACCAAAACCUGAGGCAGAAAGUGGAUAAUUUUGUGUCAACACAUCUGGACAAGCAGGAGUGGAAUCCUACGAUGAACAAAAACCAAUUGCGAAAUGGUCUGAGGCAGAGUGUGGUUCAGUCAGGGAUGUUGGAAGCUGGAGUGGACAGAAUUAUUUCCCAGGUGGUGGAUCCCAAACUAAACCACAUCUUCAGGCCACAGAUAGAACGAGCAAUUCACGAGUUCCUGGCGGCCCAGAAAAAAGAAGCUGUGCCAGCACCCCCUCCAGAGCCUGAAGGCCAGGACCCUCCAGCUCCAUCCCAGGAUGCUUCCUAAGAAUAUGCCUGACACGUUUUGGAAGCUCCAUUGAAUUAAUGGUGAAGAACUGGAUUCAGUUACAUAAGAGUACAACUUCAGAGUGAAGACAGGCCAAGGUCAUCACUGACUUCACAAUUCAACGUUGACUGUGGGGCGGUGUCCAGAUAAAGUAGGGAGCCAGUGGGCCAGUAGGAGAGUUGACCAUGUGGGCCCCACGUCGUGCUGCCCUCUGGCCAGCCUGUCCAAGGGGUGACACCCAGUAGACACUACAGAUACAUUAAGAAACACUACAUCAACUUGGGGUUGUCCUGAAACAAACCUUUGUACUUGAACUUAGAGACUGUGUAUGAAUUUUAGGGUUUGUUCUUGGGGAUAAGCAAGAGCUACAAUGAAGGAACAUAACCAGUCCCAAAGAUGCAAUUUCAAAGAAUGACAGUAAAGGUUAGCCAGGGGUAGGUAUUUGACAAUGCUUAUUUGAUACUGUUUCUCAGAGUUGCAAAUAAGAGUGUACAAGCCAUUAGCAUCAGAUAGCUUUAAGGUUGUCGUGACCCUCUUGUCCAUGACUCUUUAGCUUCUGUUUCCUUUCCCCUGUAAGAGGUGUCAAAACAUGGGACCCUAGAAUGCAUGAGGAAAUGUAGACUUAGGUAUAAGGAAAAACAUUUGCAGGCUCUCUGUCCAGGGCUUCUUCCUAUCCUGCAAGGGCUAGUGAGUCUUGGGUGUGUUUAUUUUAUUCUCAUGUUUGUGUUUUUUAGAAGGUGAAUAAUUAAUAAGUGGCUGAAGUUUUGUAAUUAAAUCAUUUGAUACUCUGAAGCUUCGACUAAUUCUUAGACCCCAGGUGCGCAGUGUAACCUUUUUCCUCGGCCUGCGUGCC